AUGGCACCUAACACUUGCAAACUUCAUCAAGAAUACACAGCGCUGUUACAGACUUCACGGAUUUACCGAUACAGAUCUCCACAGACUCUGCUUUUUAAACAGCUUCAAUUCUAUUCGUCCGGAGCAUUGAAUGAGCGCAUAAGCAAGUUGGUUGUAACGGAGUUUGGGAAUUACUCCACAAGCGAUUUAAAGUUGCUCCGCGACUUUGUUUAUGACUCAAAGAAGGAGGUUUCAGUCUUUCUUAAAAUCUCUGAGGCGGCCUUCGACGUAUUCAUCGCAGAGUGUCUCUUAUCCAACAAUGAGCGCUGUUCAAUUUUCGUUGAGGAUGUCAUCUCGUCGAUGUUUGUAAUUGGCGCAAAGAAGUAUUUUUUUGAAGAAAAAAAGAAUUGUUUCUGCAAUGAAACAGACAGCACUUCCUAUAGAAUCGCAGUCGAAAACUCUCCCGUUGACUGA